AUGAGGCUGUGUCUCCUGCUCUGCAUCCUUUGUAAGUUCCUGGACCACCAGGACCACCGGGACCACAAGGGGCACCAGGAGCUCGAGGGUUUCCAGGAGCUCCAGGGGCACCAGGAGCUAAAGGGGUACGAGGGUUUCCAGGAGCUCCAGGAGAACCAGGACCUCCUGGACCUGUUGGAUCUGCUGGAUCUAGAGGAUUUCAAGGUGAGAGAGGACGUCCAGGACCUUCAGGACCUCCAGGACCUCAAGGUUUUCCUGGACCUGUUGCAAUGUGUGGAAGAGGACCUUGAACCAUUAAAGGAGGCCGUUGCUAAAUUAGAUUAUGUCACGACCUACGACUUUGUCAAGAGGGUUGGCCAGAAAUAUUUCGUGUCCCACAGGGAGACGGGCUCGUUCUCGGGGGCUGUGGAGUUCUGCUCCAGUCAAGGCCUAGAGCUGGCUUUGCCACAGAACGAAGACGAGAACAACAUGUUGACCCGGGUGUUUGGUGAAACUGUCAAAACGGCCUGGAUCAGCGUCAACCAUAAAAAAUCAGAGGGGGACUUUACUACUGAUGUGAAAAACCGACCUCUGGUCUUCACCAAAUGGGCAGAAGAACAGCCAGAAAGAUCCAUCCAGGACACGGGCUGCAGCUUGCUGUCAGAAAACGGCAGGUGGCGGGUGACACGUGAUUGUUCUCAGAAGGCUUUUAUUGUUUGUCAGGUCCAGUAGAGCUCCUCCAGCAGGUGUUCUAGCGUUCUAGUAGCUAAAGGUUUGGUUUGUUCUAGAGUCCCUGUCUUCUCACUGUGACACAGCCGCCCCCAAAAAACGUUUUGUUUUUUUGAGUGUAGACAUCAAUGCAAUGCAAUGGUUGUACAGAUGUUCUCAUAUUUAAACCUGAAUAAAAACACAUGUAGUUAACUUGC